GUCAAGAGGCAAGAAGAUGAUGGGAAAAACAUCCUUUCUUUCUCUUCCUGUAGCAGUGAGGACUUGAGAAGGAGCAGUGAGGACGUGAGAAGAACAAGGAGCAGUGAGGACUUGAGAAGGCUGGGCCGGAAAUGAGGUUCCUAAGGAAACAUACAAAAGGAUCAGAACAGAUGAAACAAACAACUCCACAUUGCUGGGAAGGUGGCAUUCAAGAGUCAAGUACUUCAUUGGUAGGGAAACUCUGCAGCUUUGUCAUCUAACUCUUCCAGACAAGAAAGUGGAGUUGAAAACUACAACAUGUUAAUGGAAGCAAGGCACCUGUUGAAGGAAAAAGAAGAUCCAUCCUUAUAGAAAUAGUUGAAGGCAACUGAGAAAAGGUGAAGCCAUUAUGAGUUGCCAGAAAGCUGCACUUGAGUUAAACAUAGGGUCACAGCUUGGGCCAAAGAGUCCUGAGAGAACAGAAGGUGUAACUGCAUUUGAAGACUAUGGCACAGGCCUGCUUGAAAACCAACUCAGCGUGGGUGACUUUGUAAAAAUACAGAAGGCCUUUGAGUCCCCAGAGCCAAGGAAAAUCAUUUGUAUGUCCAGAGAAGACUUCACGCAGAAGAUGACAGAGAUUGUUGGUUGGGGCACGAAGGAAGAAUACGGGGAGCUCUUUGACAAAGUGGAUGUGGCCCAAGACAGCUUCAUUAAUUGGGACAAGCUGACUUCAUUUAUACUGCUAGAGCUUUAUGAGCGAGAUGAACGAGCAAAGGCAACUGUGGUGCCCCAGUGGAAGGACCUUGAAUUCCUCCCAGUAAAACACAAGGACACCAUUCAAAAAGUAAUUUUCUUAAAAAAUUCAAGUCAUUAUCUGACAAUUAGUAAAGAAGGUUUAUUGGCAAUCUGGGGAGAGCAUUUAAAGCUGCAAGAAACAUUCCCCAUCACUUCAGAUGCCACCAAGCUCAAACACCUGUGGGUGACAAGUCUGGUUUCUCUGGAAAAUGUAAACAAGAUAGCAGUGGCUUUUACAAGUAAAGAGAUUUGUUUCUAUGAUCUGCUGUCCAAAGAAGAAUUUGCUUGCCAAUACAAACUCCAAGGCCUGAAAGGAACACCAAUUUGCAUGGAUUAUUGGUAUGAUCCUCUUGAUGCCAAUGAAUCAAUUCUUUCUUUUGGGGAUAUAACUGGAAAGGUUCAAGCAAUUGCUUUCACCGCAGCCUUGAUUUCCCUGUUUGAACGGCCUGCUAGUGCAUGUGAAGAUGGAGAAGCCACUAUGACCAUUAACUGGGCAGAGCUGCUCUCUGGAUGUCACAAAUGUUGCCAUAUAUUAGAGCAUAAACUUCAUCAAGGAGAUUGGGUCAGGCAAGUUACUUACAAUGCAUCUUUAGACGCUAUCAUUUCCAGUACAACCAGCAAUACAAAUAGUGUGGUGCUGGCUUGGAGAGAGAAAUCAAAAAAGCAUCUUAAUAUGACAUCCUUCAACAUUGCCCAGGGCAUUCAUGCUUUUGAUUAUCACUCUCGGCUCAAUUUAAUUGCAACUGCUGGCAUUAACAAUAAAGUUUGCCUUUGGAAUCCCUAUGUUGUCUCUAAACCAGUGGGUGUCCUUUGGGGCCACUCAGCCAGUGUAAUAGCCGUCCAAUUCUUUGUGGAAAGAAAACAACUUUUCAGCUUCUCCAAGGAUAAAGUUUUGAGACUCUGGGAUAUUCAACACCAGCUGUCCAUCCAGAGGAUAGCUUGUUCUUUCCCCAAAAGUCAGGACUUCAGAUGUCUCUUCCACUUUGAUGAAGCCCAUGGACGACUUUUCAUCUCGUUUAAUAACCAGCUAGCAUUGUUGGCAAUGAAAAGUGAAGCCAGCAAGAGGGUGAAAAGCCAUGAGAAAGCAGUCACUUGUGUUCUUUACAAUUCUAUCUUGAAGCAGGUAAUCAGCUCUGAUACAGGGUCUACUGUUUCCUUCUGGAUGAUAGACACUGGGCAGAAAAUCAAACAGUUUACUGGUUGCCACGGCAACGCAGAAAUCAGCACUAUGGCCCUUGAUGCAAAUGAGACUCGGCUUUUGACUGGCAGCACAGAUGGGACUGUAAAGAUAUGGGACUUCAAUGGAUAUUGUCACCAUACACUAAAUGUUGGGCAAGAUGGAGCUGUGGAUAUUUCACAAAUCCUCAUUCUUAAGAAGAAAAUACUGGUUACAGGCUGGGAGAGGGCUAUUACUGUGUUUCGACCCCAAAACUUCAAUCAAUUUUUCAUCCAGCCUGAAGAAUGGAAAGGAGGCAUACAGCACCAUGAUGACAUCUUGUGUGCUGCGUUUUUACCUCCACAAACUCUUGUUACGGGGAGUUAUGAUGGAGAAAUUGUUCUAUGGAACAAUAGCACAGAGAAUGCUCACCAUGUUCUUCACCCUGAUUACCAGAGGUUGCUAAAGUCAAAAUUAGAUACAAAACCUCAAAAACUUCUCAGUGCUGGGAGAAGCCAACCCUCCCACCCCAUGGCAGACCAUUCUACCAUGGGAGUCCGCAACUUUGAGAUUGACAAUGAGGGCAAAAAUGCUGUUAUGGGACUUUGCUUCCUUAAAGCAAGAAAAAACACUGCAGUGACAGGAGGAGCUAACCUGGUAUCAUGUGGAGGAUCUGGUUAUGUCAGAUUUUGGGAUAUAUAUAAGAAGCAACUUCUGGCUGAAUUUUUGGCUCACAGUGGAGUUGGAUCGAUUAUUAUGUCUACUGAUAAGAUGAAUCGAUACCUUACCACAGGAGAUCUUGAUGGAUGGUUGAAAAUCUGGAAUAUAGAGGAGUACUGUCUUAACUCCAGUAAGAACAAAAUCACCAAGGCCCCAACUCUGAUAAGAUCAUUCCAACCUCAUGAGGACCGAAUAAGCUCCUUAGAGAUGUGUGAGCCAGGUGGUCAGUUACUGAUUAUCUCCUCCUCUGCAGACUGCAGUAUUUGUGUGACUGGUGUCUGCAAUGCUCCUGUUUGGAUCUUUGGUCAGGCAAAGCACUGGCAUAUUGAAAACUGCCUUUUCCUUCCUAAAAGAGAUACUAAUUUAGUGGAAAGUGAGAUUCAAAAGGAAAUUUCUUUAUUUUCUAAGGAGGAAUCUUGUUUAGACCCAACAGAACAUUCUCUACUUAAUAAGAAAAACAAAGAUGACUCAACAUACAAUGUCGGACCAUCAGAAGAUAUAAAUUUAGGUAUAAAAUAUAAGGAAAGAAGUACCUGCAUGAAAGAAACACAAAAACCUUAUUAUGGUGAAGUUAUAAAAAAAUCAUUCAGUACAUUUAGGUCAUUAAGCAUUGGAGCCCUGGAAGAGCUGCCUGAAGUGAAUAAACCUGCUUUCCUUCUAGACCCUGAGAAAUACUUUAGGAAAGAGCCAGAGGAAGAGCGUCCCCAAACUCCAGAGGCCCCGUCACUUUUUGAAACUUUGAAAUCUGUAUUUGAUGAGAAAAACCUGUUUCCCAAGGAAAUUCUGGAUCAUGAACGAAAAGCCAAGCAAUUAUGCCAAGAAAAAAGUUGUGAAGUGAAGAAAAAUAAGAAGUAAUUACAACAGAAAAACCUUCACUGUUACGUAAAGUACAGAUAUAAAAUGCAGAAAAAGCAUCAAGAAUUCUGCCUUUUAUUUUAUUUUAUAUUUGAACUUCAGGAAGUUUUCUCUUCAUGGGAUAAUUUAGUACUGCUUUUAUCUAUCGUCUGUCAAUUUCUCUGUAUUCUUAAUAAAAUAAAUAUUGAACUAAA